GGCAGCGGCGGCGGAGGGAGGGCGGGUGCCCCUCGCCUCGUGAGCCAGGCUGAAGCAUUGGUGCGGUGGGUCCAUGCUGUAGAGCCAGAGAGCAGAUGGGAUUCCCGCCCACAUGGAGAUAUGGACCAGGACGGGGGAUCGGCACCAGGACCGUGGUCGGCUGGGGGCGUGUGUUCUGCCUGGUGGUGGUCACCAUGGCAACUCUGUCCCUGGCCCGGCCCUCCUUCAAUUUAGUGGACGGCACCACCUCGGAGCCCGAAGAACCACCAACCAAAUACCAAAUCUCCCAACCGGAAGUUUACGUGGCUGCACCCGGGGAGUCACUAGAGUUACGCUGUCUGUUAAGAGAUGCCGGCAUGAUCAGUUGGACUAAGGAUGGGGUACACUUGGGGCGCAACAAUAGGACAGUGCUUAUUGGGGAAUACUUGCAGAUAAAAGGUGCCACGUCUAAAGACUCCGGCCUCUAUGCUUGCACGGCUGCUAGAACCCUAGACAGUGAGACUGUCUAUUUCAUGGUCAAUGUCACAGAUGCCAUUUCGUCCGGGGAUGAUGAGGAUGACACGGACUCCGAGGAUGCGGUCAGUGAGACCAGUAACAGCAAGAGAGCCCCCUACUGGACCAACACGGAGAAGAUGGAAAAAAGACUGCAUGCUGUGCCCGCAGCCAACACUGUCAAGUUCCGCUGCCCAGCUGGAGGCAACCCGACCCCCACUAUGAGAUGGUUGAAAAAUGGGAAGGAGUUUAAGCAAGAGCACCGCAUCGGAGGCUAUAAAGUUCGGAACCAGCACUGGAGCCUAAUCAUGGAGAGCGUGGUCCCGUCUGACAAGGGCAACUACACGUGUGUGGUGGAGAAUGAAUACGGCUCCAUCAACCACACCUAUCACCUGGAUGUUGUUGAGCGUUCACCCCACCGGCCCAUCCUUCAGGCUGGCCUGCCAGCAAAUGCUUCCACCGUGGUUGGCGGCGAUGUGGAAUUUGUGUGCAAAGUAUACAGCGAUGCUCAGCCGCACAUCCAGUGGAUCAAGCAUGUGGAGAAAAAUGGCAGCAAGUACGGGCCUGAUGGGCUACCCUACCUCAAAGUGCUCAAGGCCGCCGGUGUUAAUACCACGGACAAAGAAAUUGAGGUUCUCUAUAUUCGGAAUGUAACUUUUGAGGAUGCUGGGGAGUAUACGUGCUUGGCGGGUAAUUCUAUUGGGAUAUCCUUUCACUCUGCAUGGUUGACAGUUCUGCCAGCUCCCGUAAGAGAGAAGGAGCUCCCUGCCUCCCCUGAUUACCUGGAGAUAGCCAUUUACUGCAUAGGGGUCUUCCUCAUCACCUGUAUGGUGGUGACCGUCAUCCUGUGCCGAAUGAAGAACACCACCAAGAAGCCUGACUUCAGCAGCCAGCCAGCAGUGCAUAAGCUCACCAAGCGCAUCCCUCUGCGGAGACAGGUAACAGUUUCUGCUGAGUCCAGUUCUUCCAUGAACUCCAACACCCCUCUGGUGAGGAUCACUACUCGUCUCUCCUCCACGGCUGACACCCCCAUGCUGGCUGGGGUGUCUGAAUAUGAGUUGCCAGAAGAUCCAAAGUGGGAGUUCCCAAGAGACAAGCUGACGCUGGGCAAACCGCUGGGAGAAGGUUGCUUUGGGCAAGUGGUCAUGGCCGAAGCUGUGGGGAUCGAUAAGGAGAAGCCCAAGGAAGCUGUCACUGUGGCCGUGAAGAUGCUGAAAGAUGAUGCCACAGAGAAGGACCUUUCAGACCUGGUGUCGGAGAUGGAGAUGAUGAAGAUGAUUGGGAAGCACAAAAACAUCAUCAACCUCCUGGGGGCCUGCACACAGGAUGGGCCACUCUAUGUGAUUGUGGAAUAUGCCUCCAAGGGUAACCUGAGAGAGUAUCUUCGGGCCAGGAGGCCACCAGGGAUGGAGUAUUCCUACGACAUCAAUCGUGUCCCUGAGGAGCAGAUGACCUUCAAGGAUUUGGUGUCCUGCACCUACCAGUUGGCCAGGGGCAUGGAGUACUUGGCUUCCCAAAAAUGCAUCCAUCGCGACUUAGCAGCUAGAAAUGUUUUGGUCACAGAAAACAACGUGAUGAAAAUCGCUGACUUUGGGCUGGCCAGAGACAUCAACAAUAUUGACUAUUAUAAGAAAACCACCAAUGGCCGGCUUCCAGUGAAGUGGAUGGCUCCAGAGGCGCUCUUUGACCGAGUCUACACCCACCAGAGUGAUGUCUGGUCCUUUGGAGUGUUGAUGUGGGAAAUCUUCACUCUGGGGGGUUCGCCCUACCCCGGCAUCCCUGUGGAGGAGCUAUUUAAGCUGCUGAAGGAAGGACACAGGAUGGAUAAACCUGCCAACUGCACCAAUGAAUUGUACAUGAUGAUGAGGGACUGCUGGCAUGCGGUGCCCUCACAGAGACCCACAUUCAAGCAGUUGGUGGAAGACCUGGACCGCAUCCUCACCCUCACAACCAAUGAGGAAUACUUGGACCUCACUCAGCCUCUCGAACAGUACUCACCAACUUACCCCGACACAAGGAGUUCUUGCUCUUCGGGAGAUGACUCUGUUUUCUCUCCGGACCCCAUGCCUUAUGAACCUUGCCUGCCUCGGUUCCCACACAUAAACGGCAGUGUGAAAACCUGAGGGGCCUGUGUCCGUCCCCCCACGGAUGGCCCAGGACCCCAGGACCCUGAACAGGGUGGCCAACAUGGUCUGUGGAGUCUUGUCUCUACAUGUAUAUAUGGAUCAGAGGAGUAAAUAGUUGGAAAAUAAUCGGCACACGUGUAAAGAGUUUCUCCUCUGGGAGAUUUGUUAUGUUCACCAGAGAGGAAUGUUUUGGGGGCAACACUGUGCUGGGGCCCCCCACCUGCCCGGGACCCACCGUGGGGAUGGGCUGUGGGCUAGCCGGACUCAAGGCAAACAUAUGGUUCUGCCUUCUUUGUGCAUUUUGUAAGAAUUGGAGAAAAUAUAUGUCAGCACACACUUACCGAGCACAAUGGCAGUAUAUAGGUGCUGGAUAUAUGUAAAUAUAUUCAAAUUAUGUAUAAAUAUAUAUUAUAUAUUUACAAGGAAUUAUUUUUUGUAUUGAUUUUAAAUGGAUGUCCUGAGGCACCUAAAAA